CCCAACCUCCAUUCUCAAAACAUCUCACAACAAACAAUCAAAUAUUUCUCUUCAAAAAUUCUUAAGUACUUAUUUACAAUCUCUCAGCUUAUUAUUUAAAGACCGAGCAGAACAAAAUCUUGUUAAAAAUCAGAUUUUGCAAGUUUUGGUUCAAGCUAGUAAAGCCAGGAGAAGAACAAAAUCCAAUAUGACAAGGGAUGAUAACCAAUGGACUUCUGGUCUUUGCCAGUGCGCAGAGGACGGUGAAACUGUUUGCCUCACAUGUUUCUGCCCGUGCGUCACUUUUGGACGGAUCGCGGAUAUUGCCGACGAAGGAAGGAGCGGUUGUCCAAGAUGUGGGAUACUUUACGGACUGCUAUGUUUUUUUGUCGGCUUACCUUGCUUGUUCUCAUGCACUUACCGAACCAAGAUCCGAAACAGAUUCGGGUUACCGGAGUCUCCAGCUUCGGAUUGCCUCACUCACUGCUGUUGUGAAUGUUGUGCUCUUUGCCAAGAAUACCGUGAACUCAAAAACCGUGGUGUUGACCCAUCUAUCGGGUGGAAUGGGAAUGUGCAACGGAGGAUGGCUCCUCCCAUGAAUCAGCAGAUGAUGGGUUGAUGAUAUUUCAAAAGUUUUUAUGUUUUGCAAUCAUAAGUUAAAUAAGUGGUUCAAUGAAAACAACACUUUUGGGUGUAGCUUUUUUAUUUUCUUCUAUUGAGCACAUUAUUUCUAAUUUAUUUUCAGUUUUAUCAAUA